AUGAUUCGCGCUAUAGUAUUACUAGAAUCUGAUUUGUACACAUUGGUGCGGAGGCUUUCACAGCAAGAACAAUAUGGAAAUGUAGAAUUUUUCAAUAUAUUAACAAGGUAUCGAUUAGAUUCAACAGAAAUAGCGCAAGAAUACGAUUUUCUAUUGUUUAAUGACGGGUUCGGAAGUAUAAAUGACCUCAAGGAUGUUAGUUGGAUGAUCUAUACCAUAACAGAUCGAUACGUGUAUUUUGUUCGAGUUCCGGCCGGGAUAAAUUUACUGGAUGUUCAUGUGCCGCGACUCCCACCUCUUCUGUAUUCGUCAUGCGAUCGCGUUGCUCGCAUGGAUAUUAGCAGAUUCAUGGACGAAGUGCGAUCAUCUGUAGCUCCUUCCAGAGGACGAGUUGUCAUGUUGCACAGUUCACCUUGUUGUGGUGGAAGUAUGCUUGCCAGAUUGUUGAGUUCAAUUGAUCCAGAACGAAAACAGCUGAUUGUACACAAUGAACCACCGGCGCUGACCGCACUUUCUGUACUGCUCAGCACUGUUUCUAUCGAAACAAUGCGAUUAAUUACGUAUACGGCGCUACGGUUCACAGUACAACAUAUCGAACGGGAUCAGGUCCUUGUGAUGAAGACCAGGUCCUGUUGUGCAAAGAUCGUCCCUUAUGUGCAUGGGGCUUCUCCGUCUAUUCAGCAUAUGUACAUCACUUCAAGAGAUCCAACUGUUGGCAUUCCUCGGCUAAUUGCAGCGACAUCCGAGAAUUUUCCAGUUUUUGAAAUGGUUUGCAGUCUGCUCGGUUACUCGCCGACACUUUGCGAUUUCUUUUCCAGUUGGCGACUUGUCGAGCCAGAAAUGGUUCGAAAAAUCGGGCCAACUGCACCGUUUGAGUUCGCUUUGGCUCAAGUAAUGGGUUGUACCAUAAGUUAUCAAAGAUGUUUGAAAUACUAUGCCCUGGAGACAAUCUACUCCGAAGAUUUGAUGAGUGAUCCAAGUGCGAUGAUCCGUCCCGUGCUCGAAGUUUGCGGUUUGCCUCACUUUGCGCUGACAGACUGGACGGAAUGGAGACGAGCAGAGCAACAUGCGAUCCAAUCAAAACAAGUCACUCCUCUUAAUGAGACGCAACGUUUACGGUUAAAACUGCUGAUCGAAUAUCUACAGCAAGACUGGUGUAGAUGA